AUGUCGGCGGGAAGUGAGAUGAGCGGUCCGGUUUCCCCGGGACCUGCCCUGCCAGUGUGUGCGGCUCUGGGUCUGGUCUCCUUGCUGUGCUUCAUGGCUGGGUUCGGUACUGGAGUGGAGUUCGUGCGGUUUCUGUCAUUCGGAGCGCUGCUGAGGAAUAUCAGUGAAGGGUCGGAGGGUGAGUCCCCUCUGCUGUGGCGAGAUGCUAUUGGAGACUCUCAAUUCCUGCGCUCUCUCGGAAUCAAUGUGGCCUUGCUUCUUGUAUUUGUUUUCCAGCACAGCCUCAUGGCCUGGCCUCCAUUAAAGGAGUGGGUGAUUCGGGUGUUUGGAGUUCUUCAGCGAUCCGUUUAUAUAUUGUGCACUGCUGUCUCCCUCCAGAUCAUGAUGAGAUAUUGGCAGUCUUUCCCAAGUGGGCCCUUCCUGUGGAAUGUCCCUACUGCUCCAUGGAGUACAUUAUUCCCUGUAAUCUGCGCUCUGCUACACACCAUAUCGUGGUUGCUUAUUUUCAGUGUUUUACUUAUUUUUGACUAUGCAGAGCUCAUGGGAAUUAAGCAGGUGUAUUACCACUGCUUUGGAAUGGGUGACCCCUUGUCUCAUAAGUCUCCUCGUGCUGCUCGCCUCUAUGCCCACCUCAGGCACCCUGUCUUUUUGGAAUUACUUGUAAUCCUGUGGGUGGUACCCUCCCUUCCUCCGGAUCGUCUUCUCCUGGCCUCCGCCCUCACUCUGUACGUCUCCUGCGUUCAUCGACUAGAUGUUCAAGAUUACAGCUACCUCCGUUCUCAGCUUGAGAAGAAGUUUUCACUUUUCACUCGUGAGGAAGCCAGUGCUGAUCGGGAAACAUUGUGGAAAAAUGAUUGA